CCUCUUUUUGCCUCUCUGACAGCUCAAAUUAAAGCAGUCUUACUCACUGAUCACAAUAUCUUUUCUUUGCCUUUGUUGCCCCCCCUCAAAAAGCUUUUGCAAAAUUUUGUCAACUUUUUUGUUUUAAUAUAUAUAAAUAUAUAUGUAUAUAUAUUCUUUUUUGGACUCUAUCUCUUUCUAUAACUUGACUAAGAGUGGGAAAGAAAACCAUGACUUCUUUCACAAGACUUCUUUAAAUAUUUUCCCAAGAAAAAAAAAAAAAACUUUUAUAAGAGAGAAAGAUAGAAUUUUGUUUGGCUUUCAGAUAACCCAAAUGGCUAAUAAUGCUAAUACCACUACUACUGCUACUACAACAUCAACAUCGAAGUUUAUCAAAUGCGUGACAGUUGGAGAUGGAGCUGUUGGGAAGACUUGUCUUCUCAUUUCCUACACCAGCAAUACUUUCCCAACAGAUUAUGUUCCCACUGUUUUCGACAACUUCAGUGCCAAUGUUUUGGUUGAUGGGCAGUCUGUGAAUCUGGGUCUCUGGGAUACUGCUGGUCAAGAAGAUUAUAACAGGCUAAGACCACUUAGUUACAGAGGAGCUGAUGUUUUUCUUCUUGCUUUUUCCCUCAUAAGUAGGCCAAGCUAUGAGAACAUACCGAAGAAAUGGAUCCCAGAGCUGAGACAUUAUGCCCCAUCUGUGCCCAUUAUUCUUGUGGGGACAAAGCUAGAUUUGAGAGAUGAUCAACGGUUCCUCAUGGAUUAUCCUGGUGCUCGAACCAUAUCUACGCAACAAGUACGUGUCCGUACUUCUAAUUUGCCUUUUUCCACAAACACAGGUGAAGAUCUGAAGAAGCGAAUUGGAGCUAUGGCAUAUAUAGAAUGCAGCUCAAAGACACAGCAGAAUGUGAAGGCUGUAUUUGAUGCUGCUAUCAAGUUGGCUCUGUAUCCUUCCAAGUCCAAGAAGCAAAAGAGAAAACAGAGGCCCUGCAGCUUUCUUUAAUGCUUUCUUUUCCUUUGGUUGUAUAAUUUUUUUGUAAUACAAUAUUGUAUGAUUGUAUCCUUUCUAACAUUUCCAUUCAUUCUUUUUGUUCUUAUUUUCUUUGUGAGCGACUUUCUCAUGUGACUUGGGGAAAGAUUUGUGAUGCGCAUGCUCAUUUUCUUGAACGAUCUUUCGAUAAUCCAAUGAUUUAAUUUCUUUGACUA